UUUAUAAAUAGACUAACGACGAACAUAUGCAGCGAUUAAGUAAAUAAUUAGUAAAUUUUAAUUCUGUUUAGACCACGUGGUCAACUUUAACCUAAUAUUAAUCUUUGUCAUUAAAUUUUUAGCACAAAAUAUCCCCAAAACGUCGAAUUAAAGCAGAGAUGGUUGUAAAAAUUUUGGAUGAAGAUCAUUUUGCGAUCAGCGCGAUCGUAACCGUGAUAAUGCAAUUAAUAUUUUUUACCAUCGCUGCUACGUUUCAAAUGGAUAAAGUCACCGAUUUCGCAGGUGGAAUUAAUUUCAUUAUUUUGGCUUUAUUAACGUUCUUUACCGGACAAGGGGAUAAGAAAUCUUAUGAUAAUCGUCAAUUAAUGGUGACGGUUUUUAUUUGCUUGUGGGGCGCAAGAUUAUCUGGCUAUUUGCUUUAUAGGAUAUUAAAAAUUGGUAGAGACAAGCAAUUUGAUGAUAAGAAAAGUAAUAUUAUUAGAUUUGCUAUAUUUUGGACUUUUCAGGCUGUUUGGGUUUACGUAGUAAGCUUACCAGUAAUAAUAAUUAAUUCUCCGAGACACUCAAUCCCUCCAGCACCGAAAACGAUGACAACUUUAGACUCCACCGGAACUUGUCUUUUCGUUUCUGGACUUUUAGCCGAAACUUACGCCGAUGCGCAAAAAUUUUCUUUCCGACAAGACCCCGUUAAUCAAGGAAAAUGGUGUAAUGAUGGUUUAUGGAAAUUAUCGAGGCAUCCAAAUUACUUUGGAGAAAUAAUUAUAUGGUGGGGAAUAUUUAUAAUCUCAGUAAACGUUUUAGAAGGAAUAGAAUGGGUGGCGAUUAUGUCGCCGAUUUUCACAACAUUAAUCAUCUUAUUUUUAUCGGGAAUGCCACUUUUAGAACGAUCCUCCGACGAAAAAUUUGGAGACAACUCCGAAUAUCGUUAUUACAAAGCUUCAACAUCCCCGUUAAUUCCAAUCCCACCCUCAAUAUACGUCGAAGUACCUCAAUUCCUCAAAUUUCUUCUUUGCUGCGAAUACCCAAUUUAUCACUCGAUUAAUUCUAAAUCAAAAACGACUCAUAUCGUUAAAGAAUCGACCACCAGUGCUUCUUUGGGGCACUCGCAAACAUAACUAUAGCUAACCGUUAGUCGACAGACUAGCGAGAAAGAAAAGGGUCAAAAUUUAAGUCAAAAUACAGCUUUGUGAGGUGACUCGAAGUAAAAAUUUAAUAGAGAGGUUACAUUUAAAGGUUCUUCUAGUGUAUUCAAUUAUUAAAUUUAAUAGAAUAAAAAAUUUGAUGAA